CGGCGGGCUGGGGAGGCUGGCGGGUAUGAGGUGCUCGAGGCUCCCGUUGAUUGUGGAGAUUUUGUAGCUCACUCAAAACUGGGAGAUCAACGCUUCCAAUUAUUUUUCCCCACCGAUGAUGGAAGAUGAUGAUGAUACAAACCUCAAGAAAGAAAUAGAAGCUGAAUUGGAUAGAAUCAGCAUUACUUCCCUGGACAAAGAGGAUGUUGAUAGUGACUCAAAAUCAGAAAUUCUGACCGAUGAUAGUGAUACAGAUUUGGAUGAAUUACCUGAGUCUGUUCUUCACUGUAUUAACAUCAUAAAGAACAAGAGUAAAACUGUUGAAGAGCUUAUACUUCAGGACUUGGAAGACACUGAUGUUUUAAGUAACAGUUAUGGAGCAGUGUCUAAUAAUCAUAUUCAUUUAAGGAUAGAAUUAUCAACUGAAUGUAAAGAAAAUCCAAAGCAGUUAAUGAAGAUGUUAUCUGAAAUAGAAAAGGAAGAAUUUCUAAGAAGUAAAACCCACUGUGGCAGUUCCUGUUCUGUUCCUGAGCCGGGUCCUCUCUAUGUGCCUGGGGAUGAACAUGCUUUACCAGAUGAUGCUGAUAUAAAUUUUGGAUACUGUGAAGUGGAAGAAAGAUGUAGGAAGUCCUUUGAGGCUUGGCAAGACAAACAGAAAGAACUAGAAGACCAAGAGAAAGAAACUCUCAAAGCUCAGAGGGAUAGAGAAGAAAAACAAUUUCAAGAAGAAGAAGAAAAGAGACAUUGCUGGAUAAAACAAUUUGAAAUUGAAAAGAAGAAAUUGGAGAAUAUUCAGAAGCAAGAACAGGACAAGAUGAAUGAUGAACUCCAUAAAGAAGAGAAAAUGUGGAAAGAGAAGUUUAAACAGCAUGAGGAGUUUAUCAGAAACUUGCAUUUACAAAUGGAAGAAGAAAGAACCAGAUUUAAAGACCUACAGGAACAAGAAAAGAUGCGUUUGUUAGAACUGCAGCAUAAUGCAGCUGUAAAAAUUCAAGCUAAAUAUAAAGCACUUGUGGUCUACCGAAAGUAUGGCCCAAUCAUAAAAGAACAAAUAGAAAGUAAAAAAAGGAAAGCACAAGAGUGGAAAGAAAAAGAAGCAAAAAUACGACAUAUAGAAGAAGAAAACCGAAAAAGAUUUGAAGAAAAGCAAAGGCUAGAAGAAGAGAUUAAAAAGCAAAAGCAAGAGGAAAGGAAAAGGAGAGAAAAAGAAUAUGAAGAAAAAAAGAGCAUCCUGAGAAAAGAAAAAGAGCAACUACUAAUCAAAGAAAAAUUAAGAGAAGAUGCAAGCAAACAGCUAAUAAUAAGUAGAACAUCAAAGAACAGGGAAUAUACUGCUAAACAUUUAGCUGUUGAAGGCACAUCUGAGAAUAAGGGUGAUAUAGCCAAAAAGCUAAGGGAUAAAACUUCAAAGAUGUGGGAAGAUGUUCCCCUUUGGCUAUUUGAAGAAUUGAAUAAGAGAGAAAAUGUAAAUAGAUGUCUUACAUUGAAAGAAUCAAUACAAGUGCAAUUAAAAGAAUCUGCUUCAAACCAAGAAAUUUUGGCAGCAUUUAAAAUGGAAGGAAAAAUCGAACACCUAACGAGACAACAAUGUUCAGAAAAAGUGGUCAAGCAAGCAAGAAAAUAUGAAAAUAUAGACAAGACUAAACUGGGAAACCCCGAUCUAAAAGAGAAUGUGAAAGAACAGUUUCAGCUGCAAGAAUUAAAGUCUCUAAUACAAAAAGAGGAAAAUGUGAAGCCUGCCUUCAAUGAGAAUAUGACACAAGAAACCCAAGUAAUAAUAUUAGGACAUAAUCAAGAAAUUAAUGUGGUGAAAAACAAUGAAGCACAGAAAAUAAUCAAAGAUAGUCAUCAGGAUAAGAUACAAAAAGUAGAGAGAGAAGAGAUAUCCGAACAGAAUGGAACAUUGUGUGAAGAGAGUGAUAUUUCAGUGAUUUCAAUGAAACAGAAACUACUAACACUAAAAUCAGAAAAUUUUGAAGAUACAGGGGGAAAUGUACUACUACAAGACAACAGAAUUGAUUUAAAAUCCAAAGAAACUGAGGAGAAUCCAAAAGGCAAUAGUGAUAUAAUUUUUAACAGCAGUGAUGCCAUGAUAAAUGCAGAAGGCAAAAUAAACACCCAAGAUUUUACUUCAGAUGGAAAUGCUCGUCGUGAAGACUUAGGUGGCUGUAAUGCAAAGAACUCCUCAGUUUUUAAAGAAGUAAACUCUCUUAAGUCUCAGAUUACAGAAAUUCCAGAAGAAUGUCAUGGAAAUGGAGCUGAAAGUGACAGUGCUGUGGCCGGCUCUUUACCAGAGCUAUCACUUGUGUCUUCUAUAGAAGAGAAGAGGCUAGCUUGGAUAAAAUCAUUUAAACCUUGGUUUGAAAUUUUCAAUCAAAAUCAUCAGAAGAAAGUUGUUAAAAGAAAGAGACCUGUAAAAUGCCCAGCGAACACGAUGCCCCCUUUGAAUACAUUAGAAAUUCUUCAGGGUGGCCCUUGGGAUUCUUUACAGCAGGUUACAACAGUUACAUUUCAAGAUUUGCCAGGUUGCAGUCUCUCCACACUGGCAGAGUGUACAAACCUUCAGUUUCUGUCUCUUCGGCGCUGUGGAUUAAUGUCUUUGCACAGCCUGAGUAACUGCAAAAAACUGAAGUACAUUGAUGUACAGGAAAACCAUAUUGAGACCAUCAAUUGUGAAAAUCUGGAAAAUCUCUGUGUUGUUCUUCUUAAUCAAAAUCAACUGACUUCUUUUCAUGGUUUGGAUGGCUGCACUAAUAUCCAAAAUCUUGAACUUUCACAUAAUAAAAUCACACGAAUUGGUGGUUUAGAAUCUUUGAAAAAUCUUCAGCGACUAGUUGUGGACCACAAUCAGCUAAUCAGUACAAAAGGUCUUGGUGAUGCUCCUGCUGUCAUAUACUUAGAUUGCUCUCAUAAUCAUCUUACUGAAGUUGAGGGUAUUGAAAACUGUGGAUUGCUCCAAAUACUGAAGUUACAGGGAAAUUAUCUAAGUGAGCCUCCAUCCUUAGAGAAUCAUGUUCUACUAAGGGAAUUAUACUUGGAUGAUAACAGCAUUUCAGCUGUGGAUGCAUUUUCUUCAUAUUGGCUGCCCUUACUACAAAACCUGACUCUCUCUCAAAACAGCUUGACAAAAAUCAUACCACUUUUUCAUUUUGUUUCUUUGGAAAAACUAGAUGUCAGCAACAAUUGUCUUUCUGAUCUUACAAGUACUGAAAGAUGUUUUGACGCAUGCUAUUCUCUCUGUGAAUUGUCUCUCACUGGAAAUCCACUUCUUCAAGAAUUAAACUGGAGGAAUUCUCUACUGAAAAUAUUACCAGCUCUAAGAAUCCUCAAUGGUGAAAUGCUAAGCUCUUACUCAGAAAGCCGUACUGAAGAACAUUAUCAACCAGGGUUAGGUCGUUUCCUGACAUUUUGUCAGUCCCAGAUUCGAGAAUUCAACUUACUAAUUGAAAACUAUAUUAUUGGGAAAGGAAAUGUAUUCACCUUGGAUGCUGCAGAAAAUCUCUGUCAUUAUUUUAAGAAAUUGAUGACACUUAGCAAUGAAUACCGAUGUGUACAUGAACGUGGGGAUAUAAGUAUCACCCAGAGAGAUGAAUCAGAAGUCCAGCAAAAUCAUUUGUCACGUACAAACAGUGACAGUGCGCUACAAAAUAGAGUUCUUUACUCUUGUGCAAAUGAACAUAAGCCAGACUCACCAGGUAUUUCUGAGGAAUGGGUGGACUCUGCCUCUAGUCACACCCUAUCAAUCAACUCCUCCUUAUGUGAAGAUAUGGAAGGCAAAAAUCAGGAAAAAAUAGAAGAACAGAAGAGAGAGGACAGCAAAGCAAGCUACACCCUCACUGAAAGAAUCCCAUUCAUGGAAACAGUAAUGACAAAAUCUCUGCUGAAGAAUCAUCAAAAUAUUGAACAUCAUGAAAGAAUUAUGGCAGCGGUGGUAAUCCAGGCACACUGGCGUGGUCACAUCAUGCGCAAACAGAUUCAUUUCUCUACCAGGCUACAUACUCUUACAGUAAGACCCCCGACAUCCCGGCCAAAUUCCUGCAUCAAUAAUAAAACUAUUUUAAAGAAAGAAAAAAAAGAAAAUAUCCAGGAACAGAGGGAGAAGGCUGCUAUUCUUAUUCAGGCAGUUUGGAAGGGCUUUAUUUUACGGAAAAAACUCACAGCAGCUCUAGAAGCUAUUAACAAUGAAGAAUCUGAAGAUGAAUAUGAGGAAAUAGAUUUAGAGGAGUUUGCAUUUAAUGAAGCUGCCUUAGAGAAAGAAUGGUUAGCUUUAGAUCCCGCCCACUGCCCUUCACAAACACUCCUCCCAACCCAGCUGCACCGGCCAAAGUUCUCUGGAACCUUAAAAUAUGAUGAUAUUUCACUUAACUUACCAAGUCAUCCAGUUCAAGCAUGGCUAUGUAAUGAGAAAGAAAAUGUAUUUUCAUCGGAACACACACAAUGUAAUAGCAGAUCAGAAAAUAGAGCUUUAUUCUGGACACCUGAAUCAAAGACCAACAGAAAGAGUUCACUAAAAUCUGAAAAAGAGGAAAAAAUUUCAGAGGAAUGGGGGUUUAAGGAUAUUUCUACUGCUCAGCAAAUGCUGAAGAGAGCACAGAAAAUGAAAUCAAAGAAAUUAAGGAAAAAAUUAGAUCCCACUGUAUGCUUGGCAUUAUUUAAAAACUGUGAAAAUAAAGUUUCUGUUACAAAAUCACCAAAGAAGGUACAGCCCAGAAGAGAUGGUUACUUUGAAGUGACCCCCUGGAACCUUGAACUUGGCCUGGAUUUAAAGACUUCUACAAAUAGCCUUGCCUCCAGGGUAGGUAAGGAAGAAGAAUUUACUUACAAGGAUACCACUGCAAAUGAAAAAUUAGAAAGGAGUAAAGAAUAUACAUGUCAAUGGCUUCACACACAGGUUGGGGUUCAUGAAACUAGUUCCAGAAAUAUGAAAUGCAAUCACUUCUUGCCUGAGUUAGAUCCAGAUGUACUUAAUGGCGGAAGAGUUCAGCUUGUGAAAGAAGAUGGCGUUAAUAGAAGGAAAAUGGCCAAUAUGGAAUCUAGAGAAAUGGAGCCCACAAAACAAGAAAUUUUCAGUGUGUUUCCAGAAGUUUCCAGAGGAGAGAGUACCUUACCCAGUGACAAAAGUCUGUGGCUUCCUUGGCAGGCAAGACUUGUAAGCAGAGAAGACACGGAUUUAGACCUUUUUUCCAUGACUAGUGGAAGUGCUUUGUCUGUGAAGAGAGAAAAAAAAAAUCAGGCCCACAGACACUCAAUGGGAUCUUCAAGUUAUUCAAUUAAGGGAAUACUUGCACCAACGGUAACAGAUACAAGACCUUCUAAGAAAGAACGUAUAUCAUUCCGUGACAAUCCUGUGCAACUUAGUGGUGGAUGGGGAAGUGGAAAAAGGAAGGCAAAACCUUCAAACUAAUCCUUCAAGCUUCAGCAUUCAAAACAUAUGGCCCAGUUUCUUCUCAAGAGAUCUACGGCUAUCUGGUCAUGUUACCAAUUGGAUACAAGGUUUUAGAGUACUGUAUUUAAUUUGUAUUAUUAUAUGUAUUUCACAAUUUUGUUUUCUGUUAGAAUGAUUUCCCAUCUGUAAAGCAGUUUUGCUGUCUUUCCUGUGUUUGUGUGGAAUGGCCUCCAGAAAUCCUUGAAAUAUUGUAGUAGAAUUUGCAUAUCCAAUUUCUUUUUCACUUAAAAUUUUAUGACACAUAUUAAAGAUAGUUUCUGUUAUCAAUAAUCACUUGUAAUCUAUACACACAAGAAAAAAAUAACUUUUAUUGAUAUUGUUUAUAGUAUUAAGGAAUACUUAUAAAUUUUAUGUGACCAGAUUGUUCUCAUUGGAUAUUUCAAAGGUAAAUUGAUACAUGAAGCAAUUCAGGAUAGACAACAAAAAUGGACUUUUUUUUUUACUUUAUCAUCUUAAAUAGAUUAGUUAUGUUAAGAAAAUAUACAUUCUAUUUAAAUUAGAAUGAAAUAUAAAUUUCAAUAUCAAUUAAAUCAAGUGGAUAUUUGUUCCACUGAGAUACACAGUACUCAUACUGUCAAAGGUAGAUGCUUAUUUUGGUUCAUUACCAUUAUUCUGGUGACUCAAAAAUACUCAUUUUAAUUUUUGUUGAGGUGCCUAAAAUUUCUUAUUUAAAAAUAUUUUCAAAGCUCAACUUCGUAUUUUGUGCUAGUAAUAUAUUUUCUAAAAGUGAAAGACUGGUUUUAUUAAACUUAAUAUUGUGUGGUUAAUAUUCUGUGAUAUCUUAGUAACUUCAAUGUGCAAAACGCUGUAUUUGCCUUCAGGGUUCCUCAGGGUCUUUUCCUCACAAAGCCAAGUUCUCCAGUGACGCCCAGUGUGUGGCUGUGUAACAGUAUCCAGUGAACUUCAGUUUUUUGUAUGUUUUUCCUACUCCUUGUUGAACACUUUCAUCUAAAAAUGACUAAGCAGAUUUAGAGAUGCAUUUAUUUAGUUUAUGCUCCCCAUCUACUUUUCGAGCUCUAUUGCAUUUCAGACUAUAAAUCUCUUAUAAUUUGAUUGAGAUAGAAAUGUUAAUGAGCCUUGAGCUGUCUAUCAAUAAAAAAAACAUAGAUUCAUAUGUUGUGGCCUAGAAAUUGAGCUUUGGAAUGUAAGCUCCAUGUGUAGUUGCUUUAUGAACAUGCUGUUAUGUCAUCCUUUUACUAACAGCAUCCACAAACCAACAUAAUGUAAUGAUAGAAAAUAUUUUAUCUCAGCUUUGUGAACCCUGCAGGAGAAAACCACACUAAGGCUGAUAUUGAUGGGGUUUCAUGGUUCGUGUGCUCAAAUCAAUACAAUGAAAAGGCUAGUAUGAGAAGUGAGAUGCGUACGAUUAAACUGUUUUAGUACUUAAAAAUGAUUUUAUAGUUCCUUAUCCUAUGAUCUGUGUAGUGGUUUCAUAAUACUAAUUUUGGGAAAGAUAAUGGUUGCAGGUGCUCCUUAAAUUUGUAGGUGAUGAUGGAUACAUAUGUCAAUAAAACA